AUGACCGCCUCUACCAAGAACGCCGCUCUCGUGGAGUCCAAGGCGCCGGCUCCGCCCCUCCCGCUCUGGCAGACGCUCUGCGUGUCAGGCUUCGCCGGCAUGUUUGGCUGGUGCUUCACGCACCCCUUCGAGAUGUGGAAGAACACGGUGAUGAUGGCGGCACCCGGGACAAGCCAGCUGGAGUCCUUAAAGGCGACGGCGAGGAAGGGCAUCUACACGGGUCUGUCUAGUGGCCUGAUGCGCCAGUUGAUCUACACAACCGUCCGUCUGGGCUGCUACCCGAGUUUUCGCGAUGGCAUCCUGGAGAGUGAGGUUGCGCUGGGGCUGAAGAAGUCCGCGGAUCCUUCUGGGGCGACGCCGUUUGACCGCGCUCUCGCCGGCGCGUCUGCUGGCGUCUUUGCCUCCUUCCUGUCCUCUCCGGUGGAGGUGUGCCUGGUUCUGCAGACCACGAGCAAAGGCAAGGAGAAGCUGUCCAUGCUGCAGGCCUGCAACGGGGUUCUGAAGAGCCGCGGCGUGACUGGGCUGUGGAGCGGCUUUGGCGCUCUGGCGUCGCGUGCGGCGCUGGUGGGCGUGUCGCAGGUGGCGGUGCACGACCAGGUGCUGACGAUGUUGCGCAAGCGCAACGUGAAGCGCGCGGACCCGCUCGGCGACAACCUCGUCGUCAACAUUGCGAGUGUGAUCACGGCCUUUAUCUGCAGCGCUGUGACGAUGCCAAUGGAGGUGGCGCGUGUGCGGAUGUCGGCGGAGGCGAAGCUCAGUGCUGGCGCGGAGAGGAGGUACCACAACGCUGUGCAGUGCAUUGGCCGCAUCUUCAAGGAGGAGGGUUUACUGGCCAUGUACGACUCGUACCUGCCUUACUUUUCUCGCUGCGUGUCGCAAACGGUGAUUUGCUUCUUUGUGAUCGAGUACAUGACGCGUGUGCUGCGUGAGCGGCAGCAGGAGAAGGCGAACCUCAUCAAGUGA